AGAUGGACAGAGUGUCCAGAUGGACUCCAUUAAGUCAGGCUUCGUGGGCUCCCAGGUGGAGCUGCGUUGUAUCUUCGUUAAUUCCAACCCUCCAGUCAAGAUCUCUCAGGUGACGUGGCAGAAGUUCCUGAACGGCACCAAACAGAACGUGGCCAUCGCCAACCCGUCGCUGGGGGUGUCCGUGCUCCCGCCCUUCAAGGAGAGGGUGACCUUCAAGCAGGCUGCGGUCCGCCACCGCACCCCAUCUCUGGAGGAUACCACCAUCAUGUUCUCCAACCUGAGGCUGUCUGAUGAGGCUGCAUACAUCUGCGAGUACACCACCUUCCCUGCUGGGAACCGAGAGAACAUGGUCAACCUCACCGUGUUUGCGCGACCUCUGACCCGAAUGACCUUGACCACGCCUACCAUUGUGGCCCGCCCCCAGAAGCGUAAGAUGACUGUGGCGACAUGCCUCUCGGCCAAUGGGAAGCCUCAGAGCGUGAUCAAGUGGGAAACGAGGCUGAAGGGUGAGGCCACGUUCCAGGAGACGCAGAACAGCAACGGCACGGUGACCGUCCGCAGUAACUAUGUGGUCGUGCCGAGCAGAGAGACACACAAACAGAAACUCACCUGCAUCGUAACCUACCGCAACGAGAGGAUUACCGACAGUGUCGUGCUCAACGUGCAAUAUGAACCGGAGGUGAAGAUCGAGGGUUUCGAUGGUAACUGGUACCUGAACCGUCAGGACGUCAGCCUCACCUGCAACACUGACGCUAACCCCCCUGUCACCGUCUACCAGUGGAAACU